GAGCAGGAGAUAAAUAUUCUAGUGUGUUCUUCUCUCCAUCACUUUGUGUCUGUCUGCAUCCACAGCAUCGGCACAGAAAGGGGGAAUUGAAAUACCCAAGAUGCCUGAGAAAGCACCAGAGAGGAAAUCUAAAAUCUCAGCUUCUCGCAAGCUCAUGCUGAAGAGCUUGAUGGUUGCAAAAGCCAAAGAGGAGUUGGAGCAGGAGAUGGAAGAGAAAGAGGAGCAGAAAGCAAUGUACCUGAAUGAAAAGGCUCCUCCAAUACAAACCAGCAGCAUGUCGCUAGCAGACUUACAGACAUUAUGUGAAGAGCUGCACGCCAAAAUAGAUGUGGUGGACGAGGAGCGGUACGAUAUUGAAGCCAAAGUCUUGCACAACACCAGAGAGAUCAAAGACCUGAACAUCAAGGUGCUGGACUUGCGAGGGAAGUUCAAAAGGCCCAACCUGAGGAGGGUGAGGGUCUCUGCUGACGCCAUCCUGCGCUCCCUACUGGGCUCCAAACACAAGGUUUCCUUGGAUCUGCGAGCUAACCUCAAAUCGGUCAAGAAGGAGGACACGGAGAAGGAGAAGACGGUGGAGGUGAGCGACUGGAGGAAGAACGUGGAGGCCAUGUCCGGCAUGGAGGGCCGCAAGAAGAUGUUCGACGCAGCAAAAGGCGCCAACCAGUAAACAAGGGAAAGAGCUGACUUUCAUCUGGUGUCAAAAUCCACUUGCAAUUCAACAACAGUUGAACACAGCACAGAACAUGUCUCACAAGGUCACAAAGAAGUUGUUGGUAUUUUAUACUCUCUUUCAUCUUUGAAAUAAACAAAGCAUAUGCA